AUUUAUCAGUUGCAAAAUAGAAGCCAAGAAUCAGCAACAUGGCAUUCAGCAAGGUAAUCCAUGUGGUCCUAUUAGCUGUGAUUGGCAUUUCCUCAGCGGUGGACUAUUGUGCUCUCCCCACUUGCCUCGAUAAACAUAUAGCCUGUAACAACAAAGGAAACUUCAGCGAAAACUGCCCCAAAGAUGUUCGUAAAGUGAAGAUUGAGCCUCAUCAAAAAUUAAUUCUCACCCUCUUCAACGAACUGCGUAACAAUGUGGCUGGAGGCAAAGUAGAAGGAUUACCCAAGGCUAUUCGCAUGGCCAAAAUGUCUUGGUGCGAGGAGCUCGCCCACUUAGCCCUUCUCAACGUGCAGACCUGUGAGUCUCUUCCAGACAAAUGUCGCAGCACAGAAAGAUUUGCAUACGCCGGUCAGAACAACGCCAUAUUCCAAUACAGUGGAGCGGAGACGGAAUACACUGAUGCAGAGGUUAUCAAGGAGCAAAUUGAGAAAUGGUUCGGCGAGCGCUCGAAUGCCUCCCCUGAGAUCCUCGCCAGUUUCCCUGAGGAGUUGCCCAACAAGGAUGUUGCCAAGUUCACCAUUGCCGUGGCUGAAAAGAACACUCACGUGGGUUGUGCUGCCGUGCGCUUCUCCCGCGAUUACUACAACCACUUCAUUUUGACUUGCAACUUCGCCACCACCAAUAUUGUGGGUCAGCCUGUGUAUACUCCUGGAGAAAAGGCCACAACGGGAUGCAAGAAUCGCUAUGGAGCUGCCUUCGACUAUCCCAGUUUGUGCUACGCCAAGGAAAUUUAUGAUAACGAAAAGGUCAUUGAAAACGCAAAGGUGUUCUAGGUUAAACAUUAUGACCCAUAAGCUUUAUUAAAAAUAUUAAGGUGCGCGUAUAUAUGUAUAUAAUUAAAUUGCAGAUGGAGAUUAUAAUUU